UUAUAUUAGGUUAGGUUAGAUUCAAUGAGCUUGGAUAAUUUUGAUGUUUGAUUGCAAGGUUACGUGCGUUUUUUCGUGGUGACGUUUCUGAAGAUCGGUUACGACGAUUGAAAAGCGCGACGAGAAUGGAGCCGGAUGAAAUUGAGGCGGCCUCGAAAUCGGGGGCGAGUGUGCGAAGCGACAAGAACGCUAUCAUCGACUACGACGAAGACAGAUUGCACGAGAUGACAGCAUCGUAUUCCGAGAUAUCAUUUGAUUCACAAUCUUCACCACCCAUCUCUGAAUUGAGAUCGCUCAUUGAUUCCCCGGAUAUCGACAGUGGCAAGUUUUUGGAUGAUAGUUUGGAGAAAAUAGGAGUUGGUCACAGGCCAGAUCAAUUAGAUUUGAGGAGCAGGGGUGACAGUCCAACAGAGGAUGAUGAUCUCGACCCUCCAAGCUAUCACAAAGCCAUGGGUUACCUGCAAUUGGAAGGAAGAGUAAUGCAAGAUGGAGAUAUGGUGUUGUUUGUAACAGAGGAUCUGGAGAACAAGAUCAAACUAUCCAGUCCUGUAACCAAGAAGGGUGACACUCCAUCGUUUCCAGGAUCUCGGAGUUCAACUCCGUGCCUGUACAGGCAGGCCUUAACUCCACAAUUACCACCCCUUGAUCAUAAUGUAUUAAAUGAAUUGGAAAUGGAGGCCAGAAAGGUUGCAACCUCUGUAGAUGCAUUAACCGAAAACUUAGCUGCGAUUUUACAAAACGCAUCAGCUCUCACAGUUGGCUGUCUAGAAACGUACAGAGAUGCAGUGUGCAAAACGUGCGAUGCUGUGGAUCACAAUAUAAAGUCAAUGUAUCAAUUGAUGGCUAAAUGCGAGGAGCUGUCUAAGUCGAUGGGACCAAUUUAUAAAUUAGCGGAGCAAAUCAAGGAAAUGAAGAGAAUGCUGGAAUUGUUUGAGAGCGCAAUGAAUUUGUAAAGUAAGAAAAAAAAUACACACUGAUCUCGAUUUUAAUUAUACUUAUUAUCAUGCAUUUAGAUGUAAUGCUACACAUUGCUAUACGUUAAUUUAUAAAAAAAAACAUGCUGUAUUAUGCGACAAAUAGAAUUUCCUAUUGUACAUACAUGUUUCCUUGAAAAAUAAUUUUGCGUGCAUAUAUAAUUGCACGCUAGUGCAUAUGUAUUUGUGUUUGAUCUUUGUUGAAUUUUUAUCAUAAUUACUAUAAGAUACGCAAGGCACAGGCAUACAUACGUAACGCGCACACACGUUUAAUUAUAUAUUCACACUUAUAUAGAGUGCAUUAUGUAAUUUUAACGAAUUCUAGUACCUUCCGUUGAACAUGGAUAGAAAUAAUUGGUACAGAUAAAAGUUUAAUGGUAUAAUAUCUAUUUUAAUUUUAUUUUUUUACAAGUAACGAUAUAAUUGCAUUUUUUUUAACGAUAUUCUAUUUUGUCGAGUUUAAAAAAGGCCUGUUUAAAACAAAUUUUUUUUAGAGGGAGGUAUUGAAGCAAUUAAGAUACUUUUGUAGAAAUAUUUUUUGAUUUUUAUAGAUUAUAGUGAUAUUAUCACAAAUUAUCCAAGUGAUAUAUGUAUAACAAGAUGAGUCAAUAAAAAGAUAUUUUAUCAUUCAACUUUUGCUCGCAUUAUUUCUUUUUAUAUUCAACAGAACAAGUGAUAGAAAUCAACUGUGUGACACUCCGUAUAUUAAAUAAAUAUGUAUGUACAUAUAUUUAAUAACAGUUAAUUUAAAAAGUGCUAACUGUUAAAAAUAGUUUUAUAACGAAUGCCGUUAGAUGAUACAUUUUAAUUUAUUGCGCAAUGUUAUUAAUUCUACGAUUAUUUUGUACAUACGCUGAAAAAAUAAACGUUAAAUAAAAAGCAAUCGAUUCAACACU